CAAAAAACCUCAGAUAUCCAACAGCGGCAACUGGUUUUCGGUCAUCAGCCGGUCAGAAUCAAAUUUACUCUGGCGAUGGUCAGUCGCGUGGUGAAAUCGUGAAGAGCGUUUUAUAUAUCCUACAAAGAUGAAGAGCGCGUGGCUGCUGGUUGUCGGCGGUCUUUUGGCCAUUUCGGCCUUUUCUGGCACGGAAUCUGCCAAAAUUUUGGGAGUUUUUCCCACUACAGCCCGAUCCCAUUACAUUGUGGCUUCGUCGUUGAUGAAGGCACUUGCCAAGAAAGGUCAUGAGGUGACCGUUAUCAGUCCGUUUCCACAAAAGAAACCGAUUGAAAAUUUUCGCGAUGUCACCACAACCAAAAUUUGGGAGGCGGUCAAGCCGCUGACUUCAAACAUGCUGAACUUUGCGCAGAUGGGAGCCCUGGACAGCAUUAAGAAGACGUACGCUUUUGGGCAAACGGUUACGAAUGAAACGUUGACCGAUCCUGCCGUGACGAAGCUGAUCAAUUCUAACGAAAUGUUUGACCUGAUCGUGCUGGAGAUCUUCAUGAAUGACGCAAUGCUCGGCUUCGUCCACCACUUCAACGCCCCGUGCGUGGCCAUGUCCACCUUCGGCGCCAGCAAGUGGACCACCGACCUAGUCGGCACCCCUUCACCCCCAUCCUACGUGCCCAACCCGUUCCUGAGCUUCACCGACCACAUGACCUUCAAGGAGCGCGCCCUAAACACCGUCAUGAGCGCGGUGGAAAUCCUCGUGGAGAACAUCUUGGACCGACCGGCCCAGCUGGAGAUGUACGGCAGUGCGUUUCCGGAUCCGAAGCCGGACCUGUACGAGCUGAAGAAGCGCGCGGUUUCGUUGGUACUGCUGAAUACGCAUUUUUCGAUCGGCUAUCCGAGGCCUUACGCUACGAACAUGGUCGAGGUUGGGGGAAUGCACAUCAAUCGGGUGGCGAACUCGCUUCCGGAGAAGAUUCAGGCGAUUAUGGACAACGCAACGGAGGGGGUUAUUUACUUUUCGAUGGGGUCGAACAUUCAGGGCAAGGAUAUGCCUCCGGCGAAGCGGGAUGCGUUUUUGAAGGUGUUUUCGGGGUUGAAGCAGACGGUGCUGUGGAAGUGGGAGGACGAGAAUCUACCGAAUAAGCCGGACAAUGUUGUAAUUCAGAAUUGGUGGCCACAGGAUGACGUUCUGGCGCAUCCCAAUGUGCGGUUGUUCAUUACCCAUGGGGGGUUGUUGAGUUCGACGGAAUCUCUGUAUCAUGGGGUGCCAAUUAUUGGUAUUCCGGUGUUUGGCGAUCAGCAUCUGAACAUGGCCAAGGCGGAACGUGGCGGCUAUGGACUGGCUGUUGCUUACCAGGACAUUACCUAUGAACGGUUGACGAACGCCAUCCAAAGCAUCCUGAAGGAUCCCAAGUACAGUGAAAGUGCGAAAGCAAUCUCUCAGCGGUACAGGGAUCAGCCGCAAACCCCGCUGGAACUGGCCGUAUUCUGGGUAGAGUACGUCAUCCGACACAAGGGAGCUCCCCACAUCCGGACCGCGUCGAUGGAUCUCGGAUUUGUGCAGUACCACAAUCUGGACGUGUUGGCUAUGCUUCUGGGAGUUCCAAUGUUGAUCUUGUACCUGCUGGGAAGACUCAUUUGCGGGAAGAAGAAAUCCAAAAAGACGCAUAGUUCAAAGAAAACAAACUAAAUAAAGCCAAAUUUGUACUCAGGGUUGUAUUUUCAAGUUCA